AGCAGGUGAAGGAGGUUUGCUGCUCACCAUGUUAGGAAAGUCAUCCGACACAGAAAAACACGCUCAAACAUUUUGUGCACGAUUGCACAUUUUUGCCAAAGCCGCACGUUCACGUGAGUCAGCCUGGAGACAGCAGUCUGCCAGAAGUUAAGGACCGGCUCUUUGGCCUCCCUCCCCCCUCUCUCCGUGCCCCUGUCCGAACUACACUGGCCGAUUUUCCCCCUGGGCUCAUCAGCAUGACAAAGCACUGGCCGGAGCAGAGUCUCUUGGCACCACCCGCUCCGUCCCACACUGGAGAACACCACGACCAUCAACUUGACUUACACAGACAUGGGCAGAAGGCUUUUCUCUCCGCCGGUGUAACGUGGAACUCUCCGGCCCAUCACUGGUCACUUUCUCCAGCUCAGAUGGGUCCUCAGCAGCCGCAGCAGCCGCGCUCGGAGAAGCACACAGCGCGCCCCGAACACCUUGGCACCGCCACGCCAUUCAUGGAUAAAACCGCGGCACCGAGCGCACCGUUCCCAAACAGACAAGAUGCCAACUUCAAACACGAAUCUAUGAAUCGGGAUUCAUGGGUGAAUGAACAGAAGAAGAGUAAGAGCAACGAGGGGAAGAAGAAGAACUAUCAGCGGUAUCCAAAACCACCAUACUCGUAUCUUGCCAUGAUUGCUAUGGUCAUCCAAAGGUCGCCGGAGAAGAAACUGACAUUGUCUGAGAUCCUGAAGGAGAUCAGUACCCUCUUCCCAUUUUUCAAAGGAAACUACAAGGGCUGGCGGGAUUCAGUGCGACACAACCUCUCGUCAUACGACUGCUUUGUGAAGGUGCUGAAGGACCCAGGUAAGCCUCAAGGCAAAGGCAAUUUCUGGUCAGUGGAGCUGAGCCGUGUUCCCCUGGAACUCCUCAAGAGGCAGAACACAGCGGUGUCGCGCCAGGAUGAGACUAUCUUUGCCCAGGACCUGGCUCCCUACAUCUUACAAGGACACAAGCCAGAAUCUGAGCCGACCUCUGAACCUGUGACCUCCCUCCUCCCCAUGCGCACUGGAAACCCUUCCCUGCCACAGGAGGACUUGUUCCGACCUAAGCUGGACUCAUCCUUCGCUAUCGAUUCCCUGCUACACAGCCUCCGGCCGACGAGUGCUUCUGGGGAUGUGGACGUGACUUCCAGGGAGUGCUGGGGUGAGAUGGAGCAUUCUCGGCCCUCUCCUCCUCUGCGACCACGCUACACAUCCUCUGCCCGUAGUGCCUCUGCCAGCUCUGCCAGCCCGGCUUCCACCUCCUCCUCCUCCUCUUCCUCUGAUGAAGAAUGGAAGGGGGUGACCCUGUCUGGGAAGCGUGUUCCCCCAGAUGGCGAAGCAGGGUCUGAUGGGUAUGAGGAUUAUCGGCCACCACUGCACAAAUCAGCCAGACGGGAGAGUUCUGCACCUCCAUGGGAGCUCCCCACCUCCUACGCCAAAUAUGCUCCCCCCAAUGCUGUUGCCCCGCCCAGCAUGCGGUUCAAUGGAGGCCCUAUCAUGCCACUGCACGGUGGACUUCCCCUUUAUAACUAUGGUAGCUCUCCAGUCGCUCCUGCUCACUUUUUAGGUCACACAUAUUGGCCCAUCCUCCCCAGUGGACGGGUUUCAGUCCAAGGCCCUCCCCUCAUCAUGGACCUGGACAAUAUGUUGCAGUCGGUGCCUCCAAAUAAGAGUGUUUUCGAUGUCCUGGUACCAACCACUCCGAACUCUCACGCACACCAACAUCAACCGCCAAGUCAGUACGCCCUGCAGAACGGGCCUCCUUUAAACCGCUACCCUCAGUACUGACUGAAAAACUGUCGCACACAAAAGACACAAUCCGUCACACGGAUGCCAAACCACAGUGAUGCAGGGGUGAAGUUUUAUCAAGAUAAGAGAGAGCGAAAAUGUGUUAUCUGCUGCAACUUUUACUAAACCGAGUCUCACUCAUUUCCUCCAGCUGAAGGCCUCUAAACUGCAGACAGUGCUGUUGAUGAAUUCAUGUUUUUUAGAAGAUGAAAACCACUGAUUUAUAUAUAUAUGUAUCUUUUUUUAAAAGCUCAGGUGUUUUUCAGACCCAACUUUAACAAAACAUCUACCUCAGUUCUCAGCUCUUUGCACUGCCAAUGUCAUUUGCACUGACUCUUAUUGGCAUGAAACUAUGACCUUUUAUCUGUUGAUCUACUGUGAACGCUGAAUGUAAUGUUGUACAAUCAUGUGAAAUACUAACAAUGACAGGCUGGACUGUGGAUGUGAACAUCUGGAAAAUCUGUGUUUAAAAACAGCAGCGUUAUAGUAUUUUAACAGAAUAGAGGUGGGCAAAAACACAAUUUAAUUUUCCUCUGUCUAGACUGCUUGCAUUGAUUCUGUCCCUUUUCAUUUUGGUGUUAACUUAAGUUUUUUUCUUGUUGCAUUUGAGAAUCUGGCAGGUUUACCACAGAAAUAUGCUCAGAUUUAGAUUCUUGUCAAUCUGUAAAAAAGCUGCUGCUGCCAUGUUUACGCGACAAUCUACUGCUAUACAACGACCACUAUCUACCUCAGACUGGGACAUGUUCCUGUGAACGUUUGCACUGCUGGUUUUGCACUAUUUUAAUGUUAUGAUCACGACCAAAAGGAACUUGCUUUAAAUGUCUGCCUACCACGACGGCCGAAUGUUUUCUAACUUUCUCGUCAUGUACCUGUACAGUGCUGAGCUGCAGUGAAACUUCAUCUCAGAGUAUCAAAAGAAUGUAAUGGAGUUAAAUAGGGAAUGUAAUAAAAUGCUGUUUAUUUUACUUAA